UGCGAGUCCGCUGAUGUAGCUGCGCUGUUCUCGCUUCCAGUGUAAGUUGCGUUCCACGUUGUACGCGUCAGGCAGUCACGACCGUGGGUGUCCCGAUCUCGAUUCAAGUGUACCCGCGAAGAAUCCGGUGGUCGAUCUCGUCAAUCGGUUCUCGCCGUCGUCGCUCUCGAUCAAUUCUCGUUUGUCAUAAGACGAACACGAGAGGUGCGAAGAGCUCGUCGCGUGGUUCCCGCGAUUGUUUUCUUCGAAGACGAUCGAGCGCGCAUCUCCUCGAUUCUCCGUACUGUUGAAGUGACCGUGACAGCUGUCAGAACCAAGGCGCUUAAUACCUCAACGCUAACAUAUCCGACGGGCUUGCACACAUGGUCUGUGUUUUGUUUCUGUGAUUACCUCGCCGUGGCUCCCUCUCGACCACUUCCGCUCGCGGCAACGAGCUACCAUCGUGUCUAAAGCGCGCGCUUCAGCGACCUCGUGUGCGAGGUCCAGCGUGCGCGACGAGACGAGAAGACGUAGAAUAUAGUGGAACAUUUCCCCGCUGCACGCGAGAUGCUCGGACAACGGCGGUGCUUCCAGUGAGAUGCUUGCCGAUAGACGUGGCAGUAGCAGCUGUAGGAUCAUUGACACGAUCCCCGAACCCCUGAUCAACGACCUGGCUGUCAUCGACAGCGGGAACGCGUUAACGUCCAGCAUCUCGAGCGACCCUCGUUCGGGUGAAAUCGUGUGAUUGACAUUAUCCCGAACGGUCAGGCCGUUGUAGUAUCGAGGACUCGCGCUUCGUAUUUGCGUCCUUCGUCAUUUUUUCUGUCACUGCUUCUCGCCGCGAAGCGGAAUAUCCGGUGGACGGAAAUGCAACGUCACUGACGACGUUUAACCGAGAACGGUGCGAUCGACGUUCGCCGUUACCUCACGUUAAAGUGCAUUUAACGACUCCGUGAUCAUUUACGGCGUAAGAGACGUUUUAUGUGGGGGACGUAGUAGGAUAGAAACGACAUUGAAAGAGAGAGAGAGAGAGAGAAUUUACCGUUUUAAACGAGAGCUUGAGAUCCUUCGCUCCUUCGAAGAUCAGUGUUACUUUUUUUACAAGGCUCAUAAACGUUCCACAAACGCUCACGAAUUUACGGCAAUUGAGCGGAGAAAUGGAUACGUUCUUGAUUAUCGGCAUCUUCUUCUUCUGCUACGAGAUGUGCGAUUUAAUCAGACGGUAUACCGCCCCGCAAACGAUAGAACCGCAUUGCCCGGCGGAAACGACCACCAAGCCACUGCCCCCGCAGAAGAUAUAUUCGAUUUCUCGCAAAAUUCAAGGACCUCGCGCCUGUUGCCCGCAAUAGAUCGCGCGUUCGAUUCCGAUACGGAUAAUUCUAUCUACGGUCGUUUAACAUCUGUUAAAUGUGGGAAACGAGCCGCUUCGUGUGAGCUAGCGGCUGACGAAGAAUCUUCGUUGAACCUCAAACGGAUAUAGAACUCCGCCGAGCCCCAAGUCGGAGCAAAUGGAUGGCCGCGCAAGAUGGAUUUACAGUUCCGCGCAGUGAUAACAGACGGCCGUCUCGGAGAUUCAUGAUGUUUACGGAGGUUCGAGGUGGCAAUGCGAUCGAUAAUUAUUUGUCAGCUGUUAUGCCACCUGGAACGUAGGAUCAGCGGCUAGCUCUUAGGUGACGAGUUCGUGGACGAGUAAUACAAUGGCAAUUCGCAAAUUGUGUCGAUAAAACGAACGUACCGUUUCAUUCAUAAAUACUCUGGAACGGUAUAAGGCGUGCAGCAAGCUGUGAAUCGAUAAAGACGCGAUGGAUAGAAUCCUUCGGGCGGUUUUUCGCCCGUAGACAACAGAACGAUUCGCUGACGGGACUUAUUAAAGUCGUUACCAAUACUAUUCAAUCUUCAUGGAUGUGUGCGAGUUUUUCGCGGAUACAUAAAAUCGACGGUGAUGAGUUUACUCGAGCGGUAUUAUAGUUGACGCCGCAGCGCGUACGGUGCCGUCGUCUCGAGGAAAGCGAGAGAUAGAUCGUCGUUAGACUUUUGAGAGACCCGGUAAGUGAUAUCGAUUGAGACGUCGCGGCUGAUAGUUCGCCACGAGAGAGUGAGGGGAAAAGCAAACUCGCUUGACGAACUCUUCAGUACGUGCCUGUGAAUGCAAACUUUAGCAUUGGACGUCGAACAUCGUCGAUGCGGCCGCUCCGAGCCGCGUCACAUAAACAAGAAGUGAAGUUUCUUUUGUGUACAUCAAAUAAAUCGGCGUGGUCGUGAAUGGUGGUACAUCAUUCCACUCCAAAAUAUAAUGCGUCGUGCCGGCACGUCCAAGGGAAGAAGAGGAGUAGUAACGUCGUUUAUAUGUCGUGAUUGUAUAUGUUCACUGCCCGUAACUCAAUCUUAACGUCCGUCGUAUCGAAAAGUUUCUGUGUAGAAAGUAAUAACCUCUCUCUCUCUUUCUCACGGUUAGUGCAGCGACCACGUCAUGACGUAAAAAUCGUUUGUCAGAAGAGAAGAGAGAAGGAUUGACAGCUCGAAGUGUGUUAACAAGGAAAAUUAGACUGCAGCGCUAUUAAAUUUUGCAGUUGCCUGCGAAAAGGUCCAAUUUACUUUUAACAAAAGCGUAUUAAAUAAAUAAAAUAUGCUCACAGUGCGUUGCCAUCAGCGAAAUUUUUUUUUCGGAACAGAAAUGGCAUUCGCGCUGUUUUUUAGUUACACAUUUAACGAAAAAGCUUCAACAUCAAACGAAAACACCGUAAAUUAAAUUGCUGUGUUUUCUGAUGUCGUUUUCUGAUGUGUUUUCUGAUGUCGUAUAAUGUGAUUCACGAUGCACGCAUCAAAACGCUUUCCGACUGAUUGCGAGGGUGUUUCUGAUCAGUCAAAGUGGGAUUUCUCGUGCCGGAAGAUUUAGCGCGAGGACGAAUCUCGAGGCGAAAUUCGUUCAUCAAUGCGGCGAAGAAGGGGAGGAUCAUGACUAAUGCUCGAUACCAGCCCCGAAGUUCGAUGCCCCGACGCCACGACGACACUGUGACCCCUUUUUGGCCGAUAACCCGAGAGAGAUCGAAACAAGAGAUCACCGAAAAUUAGAAGACAUGGACUCACUCGAACGUCUAAUGAGUUCCCGUUCUCAUCACCCGGCUCUUACGGCAGCCACGCGAUCGCAGAAUGCCUUUGUCCAGGCCAACCUCUGCUCCGUGAUAGGCCGCAAAGGGCGACACCUCAACGGAACCUUUUGUUUAACCGGAGACACGAUGGAAGGCAUCAUACAGUGCCUGGUCUUCCUCAAAGCUUUCUCGCUCGUGGGCGGUGAAUUCGACAUGGAGCUGAAUUUCGUGAUACAGGACGCGCAGAACAUCAGGCACAUGCUGGAGCUUCUCGAUCAUUGCCCACCCAAUCUCCAGGCUGAAAUCUGGAGCGUCUUUAUUGCGAUUUUGAGAAAAAGCGUCAGAAACUUACAAGCAUGUACGGAUGUGAGUCUCAUAGAACAUGUUCUGCACCGAUUAUCUCGUGCGGAAACUGUUGUUGCUGACUUGUUAAUCGAUAUGCUGGGAGUGCUAGCAAGCUACAGCAUAACGGUGAAAGAAUUGAAACUUUUGUUCGGCGCUAUGAAAUCCGUUAAAGGAAAGUGGCCACGGCAUUCGGCGAAACUACUAAACGUCCUCCGCCAAAUGCCGCAGCGAAAUGGGCCCGACGUAUUUUUCAGUUUCCCCGGCAGGAAGGGGUCGGCGAUUGUUUUGCCGCCGCUUGCAAAGUGGCCGCACGAGAAUGGAUUUACUUUUACCACAUGGUUCCGCCUAGAUCCCAUCAACUCUGUUAAUAUCGAACGAGAAAAACCGUACCUCUACUGCUUUAAAACAAGCAAGGGAGUAGGAUACUCUGCGCAUUUCGUAGGCAACUGCUUAGUCCUGACUUCUAUGAAAAUAAAGGGCAAGGGCUUCCAACAUUGUGUCAAAUACGAAUUUCAGCCACGAAAGUGGUAUAUGAUCGCGGUAGUGUAUAUAUACAAUAGGUGGACAAAAAGUGAAAUUAAAUGUCUGGUCAAUGGCCAGUUGGCGUCGAGUACAGAAAUGACAUGGCACGUUUCGACGAAUGACCCUUUUGACAAAUGUUACAUUGGAGCAACCCCCGAACUGGACGAAGAGCGCGUGUUUUGCGGACAAAUGAGUGCAAUAUAUUUAUUCAGCGAAGCACUGACAACGCAUCAGAUAUGCGCGAUGCAUAGACUGGGGCCGGGAUAUAAGAGCCAGUUUCGUUUCGACAACGAGUGCUACCUGAAUCUGCCCGACAAUCAUAAAAGGGUGAGUGAGCAGGAUCUCUCUACGAGCAUGGUGGACCAAAGUAUGCAAAUUGUACUUUAUGAUGGAAAAUUGUCGAAUGCAAUUGUGUUCAUGUACAAUCCAGUAGCGACAGAUUCGCAGCUUUGUCUACAGAGCGCACCGAAAGGCAACAUCUCUUAUUUUGUACAUACUCCGCAUGCUCUCAUGCUACAGGAUGUCAAGGCAGUCAUAACACACUCCAUUCACAGCACGUUGAACUCGAUAGGUGGUAUCCAAGUACUGUUCCCAUUAUUCUCACAGCUGGAUAUGCCUUAUGACUGCAUAGCGCCGAACGACAUUAAGCGCGAUCCCACAUUAUGUUCGAAACUGCUCGGGUUUAUUUGCGACUUGGUAGAGACUUCUCAAACCGUUCAACAACACAUGGUACAAAACAGAGGAUUUCUGGUAAUAAGUUUUAUGCUACAGAAAGCAAGUCGAGAUCAUCUUACGACGGAAGUGCUUGCAUCCUUCUUGGAGCUCACGAAGCAUUUAGUGACUUGUCUUAGCGCAAAUAGCGAUUUAUUACUGAAGCAGUUGUUUUAUUUUUCAUUCCUAACAUGGCAGCUACUGGAUCACGUUCUUUUUAAUCCUGCUCUGUGGAUAUAUACGCCAGCGCCAGUUCAAACACGGCUUUAUUCAUACUUGGCUACAGAAUUUCUUAGCGACACGCAAAUCUAUUCCAAUGUGAGACGCGUAUCGACAGUUCUGCAAACCGUACACACACUGAAAUACUAUUACUGGGUAGCUAAUCCUCGCGGCAAAAGCGGAAUAACACCAAAAGGACUCGAUGGACCGCGACCACAGCAGAAAGACAUUCUUGCAAUUCGUUCUUACAUCUUAUUAUUUUUAAAACAAUUGAUAAUGAUCGGCAACGGUGUAAAAGACGACGAAUUACAAAGCAUACUUAAUUAUCUAGCAACGAUGCACGAGGAUGAAAAUUUGCACGAUGUUUUGCAAAUGCUGAUAUCUUUGAUGUCGGAACAUCCGUCAUCGAUGGUACCCGCAUUUGAUGCGAAACAAGGAGUACGAACGAUUUUCAAGAUUCUGGCAGCUGAAAGCCAACUGAUACGUCUGCAAGCGUUAAAACUGCUAGGAUUCUUCCUUAGCCGCAGCACACAUAAACGAAAAUACGACGUCAUGAGCCCGCAUAAUCUGUAUACGUUAUUGGCUGAAAGGCUCUUAUUGAACGAGGAAACACUCUCAUUACCGACAUACAAUGUUUUAUACGAGAUUAUGACCGAGCACAUCAGUCAACAAAUAUUGUAUGCCAGACAUCCUGAACCUGAAUCUCACUACCGUUUAGAAAAUCCGAUGAUCCUGAAGGUAGUCGCAACAUUAAUUCGACAAUCAAAACAAACGGAGCAGCUGUUGGAAGUGAAGAAACUAUUCCUCUCAGACAUGACGCUGCUCUGCAAUAAUAAUCGGGAAAAUCGACGAACGGUCCUGCAAAUGUCUGUAUGGCAGGAAUGGCUUAUCGCCAUGGCUUACAUCCAUCCGAAGAACACCGAGGAACAGAAGAUAUCCGACAUGGUGUAUUCCUUAUUUCGCAUGCUUCUUCAUCACGCUAUCAAGCACGAAUACGGUGGCUGGCGUGUAUGGGUUGACACGCUGGCUAUCGUGCACUCUAAGGUAUCCUAUGAGGAAUUCAAACUUCAGUUUGCCCAAAUGUACGAGCAUUACGAACGACAGAGAUCCGACAACAUUACGGAUCCUGAGCUAAGACAGCAGAGGCCGAUCAGCACGAUUUCCGGAUGGGAUCAGCAGCAUUCCAUAAGUAACGGAUACAAUAGACCAGCAGCGUGGGGAAACCAGCAAAAUCACGAGAUACAGCAUAUGGAAAGAAAUUACAAGGAGUUUGAUUCAUCCGAGGCAAAUGAUCGAUUGGAAGAAUCCUGUAGCUGCGAUCUUAAUUCAAUAGACAAUACCGAAAGCGACGGUAGUCCGGCCAUCGUGAAAUCGCGCAGCGAGACCUUGGACACUCUGCAAUCAUGCGAGGUGGUGUCGUUGGACUCCAGAUUGAGCGACAAACCGGAAACACCGACUACCGCGCGCGAGACUCACACGGAAACACCGACGAUCCUCGAAGAAGCAAACAGCGAAGCCGUCUCGUUGCCGACAACGCAAGAGACCAGCGAAGUAAUAUCAAUUGAGAGCUCUAGCGACUUCUAUAGCGAGGUGCACAAAAUCGAGAGUUCUAGCCCUGAUUCAAUGAUAGUUCAAGACACGUUGAAAAAGGAGGAAGACACAGUUCCUGAGAAACAAUCAGUUGCUGUUACCGAAUCAGUUACUGAAUCUUCUUCAACAGAACCGACCAAGGAAAGCACAGAAGCGACAGUUGUUGAAUCAAAAGACUCGAAGGAAACUGUGACAGAUACAAAUAUUCCCGACACAGUUUCCACAACAGUAGACAAAGUUGAAGAUCCACCGGUUGCGGAUGAGGAAGUGAAGGAUAACUCUACCGAGGAGAAUAACGUUACGACCGACGACAGUAACACACCGACCAACACUGAAGAUUCCGACAAGACUGCAACAGCAAUCGAAAACGCGGCCGACCCUGUCGUUUCAAAGGGCGAUGCCGAUGCCGACACUGAAGAAGAUACCGUGCCAAUUGUCCCUUCUGACGAAACGCGGGAACCGUUAACGGUUAAAGUUAUUGAGAAGCUCCAGUUGGAGAGCGAUCGCGAGGUAAUCGAUAGCGACACGUCAGAGGCGUACUUGACGCCAACUGAGAAUCAAGAAAUAUCGAGUGAGAUAAAAAGCAGAACAUCCGAAGGUGAGAAAAUCGAUGACGACACCGUCGAGAAGAAGGAAGACAUUUCCGAGGACAGGGACAUUACCGCUGAGACUGGUGAGAACGACGCAGGGGAAACUGUAAAAAAUCCUAAUUGCUCAACUAGCAUAGUAGAAAGCGGUGAGGCUUGCACGGAGAAGGCGGUAGAUCUAGGAAGCGAGAAGGUGGAGCCCGUAAUAGUGAAUAGUGCGUUAAGUAGUGACGAACGCGCCGUGGAUUCUUUAACGGAGGACAAAAGUGCUGUUAUUAAUGAUAACGAAGACGCGGAGGUAAACGAGAAACACUCAAGGGAGCCGUCCACUAUUUCUACUAGCGUAAGUGAUAAUAAGUCAGACGUUCCGACGACGACUGGCGAGGUAGAAGUUACAGAUAGUGUUUGUAGUAAUAGCGAUGUUCAAAGUUCUGUAGAUAAUGUGACGCAAGUGCCAAAUCCUAAGCAGCAAAUCCCAACAAUAUCUACGGUCUGUGAUGCAACUAAAAGUUUAUCCGACGGUGUGCCUCAAAUCGUUAGUUCUAAUGUGGUUGCCAGGGACAAUGCGUUAUUGAAUGACUUAACUCCAGAUCACGUAGACACCCACCGCAGAUCCAGCCUGCCGAUCGUCUCCUCGGAAAUGGUCGCGGACGAUAACGGUCACGAGCCACCCUCCUUGCCUGUGCCCUUACGAAAGACAUCGUCACCCCAGAAACGACCAAGGAGUGCCUCUACGUCCACGCAGGUGGAUCCUAAUCAUUUCGAAGCCAAAAGAUCGAAGCAAGGAAAUCCCUCCACGCGGCCAAUGUUCAGUCCAGGCCCGACACGACCUCCAUUCAGAAUACCCGAAUUUAAAUGGUCAUACAUACAUCAACGGCUGCUGUCGGACGUGCUAUUCUCUUUGGAAACAGACAUUCAAGUGUGGAGAAGUCAUUCAACGAAGUCUGUAUUGGAUUUCGUAAACAGCAGCGAAAACGCCAUUUUCGUGGUGAACACUGUCCAUCUAAUUUCGCAGUUAGCCGACAAUCUCAUAAUAGCUUGCGGCGGUUUGUUGCCCUUAUUAGCGUCGGCCACUUCGCCAAAUAACGAACUGGAUGUAAUCGAGCCAACUCAGGGGAUGCCAAUUGAAGUGGCAGUUUCUUUUUUGCAAAGACUGGUCAACAUGGCCGACGUACUUAUAUUCGCUAGCUCGUUAAACUUCGGAGAACUGGAGGCUGAGAAAAAUAUGUCGAGCGGUGGCAUAUUACGACAAUGUUUACGACUGGUCUGUACAUGUGCCGUUAGAAACUGCUUAGAGUGUAAAGAACGUGGCAGAUCGUACAGCAUGUUAGGUCGGCAGAUUGGUUCUAGUAAUAAAUCACAGCACAUACAAUCACUUAUACGCGGGGCUCAGACAUCGCCUAAGAACAUCGUGGACAACCUUACGCAUCAGUUAAGUCCUGUGAAGGAUCCCGAGAAAUUGCUGCAAGACAUGGACGUAAAUCGUUUGAGAGCUGUGAUAUACAGAGAUGUUGAAGAAACCAAGCAGGCACAGUUUCUGUCCCUUGCUAUAGUUUACUUCAUCUCUGUAUUGAUGGUCUCCAAAUAUCGCGACAUAUUGGAACCGCCAAUAUCGCAGCGCCCACCAAGUCCAGUGCAAACAAUACAGACAAAUGGUGCCGGUCUCAGGCCAGGUAGCCCUUCAGAUGGGAAUGGUGGUGGAGGAGGGCGGCCCUUAUUUCCACAGUGGUCUCACCACGUGUACCCACAGUUCCUCCCGGGAUCUCACCCUAACGCCAAUGCAAAUGUCAAUGCCAAUGCCAACCAUCACAUCAACCAGCACCAUCACCAGCACCCGCUACCGGCUGCCAGGCACUCUAAUCGCCAGCCACCCUCUAACUAUUACCUCCCGAAUCACCACAACAAUCACUACAAUCAUCAUCCGAAUAACCAUAACUAUCAUCGUCAUCAUCACUAUCAUCAUCACAAUAACAACAACCACCACCAUACGCUUCAAAAGCAUAUCGAUCAGCCCCGAAAUCUCUGUCAUAGAAACUCCGGUGUCGGUCUGCAAGGUAGCGGAGGUAUAAUGAGUCAAUCGGGCUCUCAGGAUGAUGGCGAAUAUGAAGUCAUCAUCGUCGACGAAAACAAUUCUUCGAUUUUGGCCGAUCACGACGUCACAUCGUCCGGUCCGCCGUCGACCAAGGGAGGUCACAGUGGUGUACCUCGGCCGCGGACUAUUCUCGAGGAUUACACCUCAUCAGAACCAACGCUUGGCACUUCUACAAGGUCCGAACCACUGCCACGAAAUCUGCAGAGCAAUGACUCCAGUGAGGAGACAGUACAUCGUAGCAAUAUCACCGCGGACCCAAGUCCUUCCGAAGUUACUACAGACAAUGAAAACAAGCAUAAUUCAUCCGAAGAAGCCUGGACAGACGUAAACCUUAAUGAAGACGGUGAUACGAUGCCUAUUACAAAUCCAAGAGAAGACCCGCGAAACAUUCACAAUAUUGCACACUCGCGCGGCGACAUGCAAGACAGUGAGGGCAACGUUCUGGAACAAGAAAUGCUGGGCAACACCGAACGCGGGGAGAAACCGUCGGCGGAAAUCUCUGUGGUGAGGGUACCCGAUCGGUUAGUGGUAACCGCAGCAUCCCCGAGGGCCGACGAAUUGCCGAUCAAAGGUCUGGUCGAUCAUUUACCUGUACCGACACCUUCCCGCGAGGCCUCUCUCACGCAAAAGCUGGAAAUGGCUUUGGGUUCGGUUUGCCCUCUCCUUCGAGAGAUCAUGGUGGACUUUGCUCCCUUCCUGUCCAAAACACUCGUUGGCUCCCAUGGUCAAGAAUUGUUAAUGGAAGGAAAAGGUACGAGCUGCAAGGGUUUAACUACAUUUAAGAACAGCAACUCUGUUGUGGAAUUGGUUAUGCUCCUCUGCUCUCAGGAAUGGCAAAACUCCUUGCAAAAGCAUGCGGGUCUCGCUUUCAUCGAGCUCAUUAACGAGGGAAGGUUGCUAUCUCACGCGAUGAAGGAUCACAUAGUAAGAGUCGCAAACGAGGCAGAGUUCAUUUUAAACAGGAUGAGAGCGGAUGACGUGCUGAAGCAUGCUGACUUUGAGUCACAAUGCGCACAGACAUUACUGGACCGUCGGGAAGAAGAACGUAUGUGCGAUCAUCUAAUCACCGCGGCACGAAGACGCGACAAUGUUAUCGCUAGCAGACUGCUGGAGAAAGUUCGAAAUAUCUUGUCCAACAAGCAUGGUGCAUGGGGAUACAUGGAUCCAAUGGCUGCAAAAUUGGCCGAAUACUGGAAGCUGGAUGCUUGGGAGGAUGAUGCACGUAGACGCAAGCGUUUCGUGCACAAUCCACUAGGCUCGAGCCACCCCGAGGCUACUCUCAAGGCGGCUCUAGAACACGGUGCACCCGAGGAUGCGAUACUUCAAGCGCGUGAAGAGUUUCACGCGCAUCUCGCAGCCUCGCGUGCACACCAACAGCAAUUGCAGUCAACGGAUCUUAUGGAUGACAGUGAAUUGCUGUCGGACGACAGGGAUCUUGACAACGACUUGACAGGUCCGGUGAACAUUAGCACGAAAGGCAAAUUAAUUGCACCCGGUAUCGUGGCGCCCGGCAUCAUUUCCGUUACAUCUACAGAGCUGUAUUUCGAGGUGGAUGAGGAUGAUCCGGAGUUUAAGAAAAUCGACGGCGAGGUACUGAAGUACUGCGACCACUUGCACGGAAAAUGGUACUUCUCCGAGGUCCGCGCGAUCUUCUCGCGGCGUUAUCUGCUGCAAAAUAUGGCCAUCGAGAUCUUCCUCGCCAGCAGAACUUCGAUCUUGUUUGCGUUCUCGGACCAGGCGACAGUGAAAAAGAUGAUCAAGGCGCUACCGCGAGUCGGUGUUGGCAUCAAGUACGGGAUACCCCAAACUAGACGGGCAUCGUUGAUGUCACCGCGACAGUUGAUGAGAAGCUCUAACAUGACUCAAAAGUGGCAGCGUCGGGAGAUAUCCAAUUUCGAGUAUCUGAUGUUUCUGAAUACAAUCGCCGGCCGCACGUACAAUGAUUUGAACCAGUAUCCUGUAUUUCCUUGGGUGUUAACAAACUACGAGACGAAGGAACUCGAUCUCAGUUUACCGAGCAAUUAUCGAGAUUUGUCCAAGCCAAUUGGCGCGCUAAAUCCAAACAGAAGAGCUUACUUCGAGGAGCGCUUCCAGAGCUGGGAACACGACACUAUACCGCCCUUCCAUUACGGCACGCAUUAUUCUACGGCAGCCUUCGUUUUAAAUUGGAUGAUACGCGUGGAACCGAUGACUACUAUGUUCCUGGCGUUACAAGGCGGCAAAUUCGAUCAUCCUAACAGACUGUUUUCAUCCAUCGCGCUCUCGUGGAAGAAUUGCCAACGCGAUACAUCCGACGUGAAGGAGCUGAUUCCGGAAUUCUUCUUUUUGCCGGAAAUGUUAGUGAACAGCAACCGCUACCGUUUGGGUAGGCAAGAGGAUGGUAGCGCGGUCGGCGAUGUUGAAUUACCACCUUGGGCUUCGUCACCCGAAGAGUUUAUACGUAUAAAUCGAAUGGCACUCGAGUCCGAAUUUGUGUCUUGUCAAUUACAUCAAUGGAUCGACUUGAUAUUCGGUUAUAAACAGAAAGGCCCGGAAGCCGUACGUGCAACCAACGUUUUCUACUAUUUAACGUACGAGGGUAGCGUGGAAUUGGACACGAUCACCGAUCCCAUGAUGAGGGAAGCUAUAGAGAAUCAAAUUAAAAAUUUCGGACAAACGCCGUCGCAACUUUUGAUGGAGCCGCAUCCUCCGAGAAGUUCAGCGAUGCAUUUGUCACCAAUGAUGUUCUCGAGCAUUCCGGAUGAUGUGUGCAUGACCAUCAAGUUCCCGUCUAACUCGCCGAUCUGUCACAUCUCGGCUAACACUUAUCCUCAACUGCCACUGCCAUCGGUUGUGACGGUAACUACCGGACAGCAGUUCGCUGUUAAUCGGUGGAAUACCAAUUAUGCAGCCUCCGUGCAAUCUCCGAGUUAUGCAGAUACACCUCAGGCGCAGGCUGCCAAUCAGCCAUUGUCCAUGGAUCCUGUUCUUUCUCAAGCGGCAAAUAGCUCGAAUCCAACGUUACAACGUCGACAUCUAGGCGACAAUUUUAGCCAAAAGCUCAAGAUUCGUAGCAAUUGCUUUGUUACCACUGUGGAUAGCCGAUUCUUGGUGGCCUGCGGAUUUUGGGACAAUAGUUUCCGCGUCUUUUCCACCGAAACAGCAAAAAUCGUCCAGAUAGUGUUCGGUCAUUACGGAGUUGUCACUUGCUUAUCGCGCAGCGAGUGCAACAUUACUUCCGAUUGUUACAUCGCGUCCGGAAGUGCUGACUGCACUGUCCUUCUCUGGCAUUGGAACGCAAGGACACAGACUAUCGUCGGUGAGGGUGAAGCACCGGCGCCACGUGCCACCCUUACAGGUCACGAACAGCCUGUGACGGCCGUCGUCAUAUCCGCCGAAUUGGGUUUGGUUGUCUCGGGAUCGCAUUACGGCCCAGUACUCGUCCAUACUACUUUCGGCGAUCUCCUAAGAUCGCUCGAAGCACCGAACGGAUUUUCGUCUCCCGAGAACAUCGCUAUGUCCCGCGAGGGCGUCAUCGUGGUAAAUUACGAACGUGGGCACAUAGCGGCCUUCACCAUAAACGGAAAACGCCUUCGUCACGAGUCUCACAAUGAUAAUUUACAGUGUUUACUAUUGAGCAGAGACGGCGAAUACUUAAUGACUGGGGGUGAUAAGGGUAUCGUAGAAGUUUGGCGAACUUUCAACCUUGCUCUACUUUAUGCAUUUCCUGCAUGCGAAAGCAGCGUGCGUUCUCUCGCACUUGCUCAUGAUCAAAAGUUUCUUCUAGCUGGUCUGGCAAAUGGGUCCAUUGUGAUAUUCCACAUCGACUUUAACAGAUGGCAUCACGAAUUCCAGCAGCGUUACUGAAAUUACGACUUCCUCUUCGCCUAAGAAGGCACACGAAGAAAAGCGCACCCCAUAAGACAAACUCCUGCGCUUAACUUUCCAACUAGUACGACAAUUUCGAAUUUACAUGUAAUUCUUGGACAAAUGACGCUUUGUUCGUUCGAUUUCCCGUGGAACAUUCACGAGUCGUGUCAUUUCACGAAUGUAUGUACGAGGGAGCUAUAUAUUAUUUGCGCGAUACAUUUGUACGGGCCAGCUUCUCGUCAGACUAUCCUUAGAUUCGCCGCAAUUUAUGAUACGCAAAGUAUAUUCUAUCAGUCGUUUCGGAUUAGAUGUAAUGAGCGGCAAUGAAACACGAACGUGGUGCACUGCGAAUUUUAAACGUUUAGCAAUAAAACUCGCUUUCUUGGCUGCGUGCAGUGCUUCCGUGGAGGAGGAGGUCGAGCGGAGCGUGAUACAGAGGGCGAGGUGCAAUCAGAGUUCCGGCCGUUUAUCCCGCGUAAUUGCCGAGUGGACGUCAAACCACGUCGCAAAGUUUGUAAAAAAAAAAAAACACGAAAGCGUACCGCUCGAAACGCUAGUCAAUUAACGAAGACUCGGAUCUACUUACGUUCGCGAGUGUUCGCGCGAUUUCUUCUCGCGGCGUGGAGAAAAGAGGGUACGCUAUACCGGGGAAAAAAAAUGACGACCGCCGACACGAAGAGCGAAAACCGCGUUAGAGACGAGAGACGGCGGAGCCUGAACAUACGUUAUUUUUAUGCCUGGAACUGCACGUGGAUUUGGCCCACGACAUUCUAGCGUUAAAUGUCCAAUUGUAAAUACGGAUAUGUAAUUCUUCACGUUAUACAUAUAUACAUACACACGUGCAUACACGCGCGCUUGAUUCCAAUAUAUUAGAGGGGGCGAGGAGGCGAUAGGCGUGUAUUAUCGCGAGAGGUUUGCAUUGUAUUCUUCUCAGGCGUAUUAAUGUCGCUCACGUCGAACUUUUUGGCUAAGCACCUUGUACGUUCAGUUCGGACUACACGCAUGCGAACGCACCGCAUAUCACUGGUAUCAGCGGUGCCGGUAGAUGUUUCGCGGAUAAAUACGUUUUCGCUAAUCAUUCUCCCGGCCGCGGUAUCAACCUCCCUACCCCCCGCCGCAGCCGCCGCCGCCGCCGUCGCAACACUUUCUACACCCUGAUGUUCGCGUCCUUCGAAAGAGAUCCUAAUUUUUAUCAAAGCCGUCCAGCUUAACUUUUGCGAGGAUAUUUCUUAGUAUUUUCGCACGCGACGUAUACUAAUCAGCAAAGCAAGUUAUUUAGGCUAAAGUAACAUCCCGAAUUCAUCCUUAACAUUCCGCGACUUGUCGAGGAUCGCGUUUGUGUGUGAAUGCGUCGUCCCUAGGAUGACUCGAGUGACGAGAUAAAGUAGGAUAUACGAGAGACGAGAAAAAGAGAGAGAGAGAGUGUGUGUGAAAUGUGAGAGCGAGAGAAUGAAGAGAAAAAACAAAGCGGACAUACACCUUAACAUCCAACAACGAUGGGGAAGAAGAUGCUUGAUCACGCAUAAGCGAUUAGAAUUACUAGCUUGAUUUUUUCGUUCGUACGUCAUCGUAGAACAUGUGAUAGUCUUGUAGUGUUACUACAGAGUAUUGUCAUUCUGAGCCUUGUGUAUUUCACGAGCUAGUCGUAGACACAGGACGCCGCAUAAGUAUAGACUUCAGUUAUUCGUACGUAUUUCCGGACGUAGUGUAUUGCCGUCAACUUGGUUUUAAUCAUGUGUAACAAGUAAUUAUUUAAUCUAUCUAAGGAGACAGAGAGACGAGGAGAAUCGUUUUGUUGUCGUUGCUUCGUAGCCGACGAUGAUCCAAGAUUGCCACGACAGUUGUCGCAAAAUCUUCGUGUACGAAAGAAUGACGGGAGGUGCGAGGGUGCGGGAAUUCUCUCGUGUGCGAUAGAACGCGGGAUGAAAGUGAGAAAAUACAUAUAAAUAUAAUUUAUUCUCGAAUUUCUCAGUUGACCGUUACAUUUGCUUUGCUUAAAGCGAAACAAACGAAAUUUUCAAUUCCAGCAAAGUAUGUCAGUUGUUAGUAACGGAUUAACUAAAAAGUGAUUUGAAAGAAACUCCGGAAUAUUAAUACAAGGGUAGUUUUCGAAAUCUUCAAAGCGUAUAUCCUUAAUAAUUUAAAUAAAUUUUUUAAUGUGUAAACGAUUUUAUUGAUUGUAGUAUUGUUCAGUGGUAGGUGCGAUGACAAGGAAUAGAUUUCCCUGCACCUCGAUAUACGUGUUCUAGUCAAGAUUUACCGUCGAAUCGCUGUCGUGAAAUCACCUGCGAUCCUCAGCAUUUAGGUAUCGAUACACUUAAAAAGAUAUGCCGUACUGUUUACGUGUAGUUGUAUAAAAGUAAAGGCAUAGCGCCGUCGUUCUAGCGAUCAAUCACCUUGGGCUUGCGAGAUCACGGUAGCGUUACGGUCGUAAUAUCGAUUCUUGCUGUGCAACCGGACGAUCAGAUGGGCGAGCCGCGCAAAUUGAUCGCCGGUAAACAAUUUUUAAAUGUAUAGGAGAAUGUUACGUGUGAAACGUGUUAAUAAUGGUGUAUUUGCCACUCGUUAUGGGCGUGCUUCUGCAUCGGUUCGUGUCGUUUCGUUCGCGCGGAAGAAUGAGGGCGUGAAUGAGAGAGGAGGGAUGACGCGAAGAGGGUGAGGGAUGGACACGGGUGAGAUGCCGAAGGGUUGAGGGUUGUGUCUGGGUGCUUUCAACAAUAUCGCUAAUUUUCUUACGUACGGAAACGAAUUUUUAUGUCACGCGUGUAAAUGUUUACGUGUGUGUUCUCGAUGUAUAGGCGCACCUAUCGAUGCACUUUAUUUUCGCUACGCUGAGAAAUACGGGAAAGAGAAAACGGGGGAAAAAAAAGAGAGGCACACGACAUUCCAUCUGCAUUUCCUGCUUUUAGCCGAUUUAUAAUUGCGUUCGUUCAUCUAUCUGGAGCCGAAGGAGGAAGAUAAAAUUGGCAAAUUGCUCCUUGUUCAUAAAAAAUAGUCAAAUUAAAGAGAGAGAGAUGUAGUUAAAUUGCGAGAUAAAGGGGAUAAUUUCGACGACGCGUGGUAGCGAAUAUAAUGACGUGUAUUCGGCACGCAUCUUCGCAAUUAUUUAAUAAGCGCGGAGGCAGCGUAAUGGAUGAGAAUGCAUCGAGGUGACGAGAGGUCGCGCAAGAGAAGAGUUUUUAUAUUUGUUUAUAGAUGUGUGAGAAUGUGCUGCACUCUUUAAGCAAGUUGUUAGUGAAUUCCCUCCAUAUUGCUAAUAUACAUAAAGGAAGUUAACUCAGAUCGAUUUCUGUCCGUACUUGAACAUUCAGUACAUGAAAACAAAAAAAACUAAUAUUGCUACUAUUUUAAAUAACGCUAAGUACAAUGCUACGAGAGUUUGCCUAUAUUAUUAUUACGAUUACGAUUUAUUGUCGUCAUUAUUAUUAAUAUUAUUAUUAUACGAUUGUGGCUACAUUAACGUACUUAAUAUUGACGGCUACCUAUAGGAGCAUAGAUUUGUAUAUUCGUCGGAUAAGGCCCUUAAUGUUUGCGUGUUAAGUAAUAAUUUUACUUAUCGACAUUACGAUUACGAGGCGAAGAAACGUAACGAGAACUGUGUAAAGUUUUAUCCGGUUCACCCAUGCCGCGAGCUGCCCGUAGAGAAAUAACUUACAUCUAUAGACUAAUCGAUGCGUCUGUAAUGUUUAUAAGCGUAAUCACGGGCGGGACAGGAGAGAAACAACGCUGCAAAACACACGCGGAUAUAACACUCAAGCGCUUACUCAUUAGGCUCACGUUUAUCUACUUAAAGACACCUGGUUUAAAGUUUCUCAAAAGUUAUAUUGUAAGAGCGACGCGGGAGAGAGAGAGAGAAAGAGUCAACGUAAGAGCUGAGAAGCUCAAACGGAACGUGAAUCGACGUCUCGGUUCGUAACAAGAGAGUCGCGGCUAAUCGAAAGCUUUCGUCGACGCGUAUGAUCAGUUUUUUUUUACAUCACAUACGAAAGUCAAUAUACAACGUAGCCGUAAAGUUGGAGCAGAGCCUCGAUCGCGCGGAUUCAAAGGGGGCUCGUUGAGCAUCAAUUUGCACCAAUGUUUUAUAAGCACCGACUCGGCUUUUUUUUUCUCCUACCUCGAUCUGACGCGACCCGAUCUGACAUUUAACGUGCGCGGAUCACGGUCAAGCUCUUCCAAUUUACGGAUCGCCGUUAACCGCGCAAUUACAUCUCGUCGAGGAUCGAGCCUCCCACCGACUACGGGCGUCUUCGGUGAACAUCUUUUCAUGAAUUGAAGAUUGACGCGUGCGCGCGCGAGAGAGAGAGAGUAUGACCAAACGAUUGUGUUCCGCGAACAAAAUGUAGUUAGUGGCCUAAUUGUUUUGCCGGCGGUGUGUGAAAAGCGCGCCCGUGACGGUCUGACGCUCGAUCGGUGGAUGUAGGAUGAUUGGGCGCACCGUCGAAAAGAGAGUCUCCGACGACACUUGUCUCAUAAUUGAUUUCCGACGAAGCCAAAACCGUAAUCACGGGCACCUCGUCGUUGACAGGAGAUACGCGGUACAGAUUAAUUCCCGCCACUUUUAAGGAGUACUACUAGGUAGAAAAGUACUUAAGUCGUUGCUACAUACCAGUAUAUAUAAGCUCUAUCGCUUAUUUUAUACUUAGAAGUAUUGUAAUGUUCGAUUAGAGGUGAACAUAAUGGGAAAGUUGUAUCUUAGCAUAAGGUAGAAUAAUCUGUAAAGAUAAGUAGUCAAAUAAAUGAAAAGUACAUUUGAUGUUGCA